CAGAGACUCUUCACACUUUACUCACUCACUCGGUUUGUAGCUGCUCUAGUCUGAUUGAUUGAUACCAUCAGUGGUUCAUCAUGGGACAGAGAAGUUCACGAGUACGAUCUUUUGCGGAGAGCGAGCAGGUUCACGACCCAAACCCCAGCAGCAGCAGCACGGCGAUGGAACACCAUCCUCAUCGACCUGUUGAUGUUGCUGAGGGAGAGGGAGCCGUGAUUCCCAACUCGCGUCCAAAAAAGAAGAAAAAGAAAGGGGGCAACUUCUUUAAGUGGCUCUCUUUCAGUGGGAAGAAAAAGUCCACCGAAAACAAGAGCUCAGAUCAGGGCGAAAUGAAGGACCAAGAUACUGAGACGGAAACACCCAGGAGUACCGACGAUCAAAAGUCUCUACAGUCCAUCUCCAGAUCUGUAGAGGUGACUGAUCCCGAGGAACCUCCUGCCGGUGUUAUCCGAGUCCUUCCCGCUGCUGAGCCUCUGGAGUUUCAAGAGCUCCAAACUCAUGUUCACGACGUUCCAGCAGGUGAAACGUCUCCUCUGACGAAACCGCUGGACAGUAAUGAAGUGAACAUGAGACCUGAGGACAACAUCUGCUGCCGAUAUGCAAUUGGCCGUAAGCUGGGGCAAGGUGGAUUUGGUGCCGUCUAUGAAGGCACUCGUUUGGCAGAUGGCCAGCAGGUGGCAGUGAAAUUUGUCAAAAAGACAAAACACACGGAAUGUAUCAGUAUUCCUGAUCAUCCCGAGCCCCUUCCCAAAGAAGUCGCUCUGACAAUCCUGGCCAAUAAAGGUCCAGUGAUGGACAUCAUCAAGCUGCUGGACUGGCAGGACCAGCAGGACUUCUACGUCAUGGUCCUCGAGCGUCUCCUGCACAGCAUGGAUGUGUCUCGCUUAGUGGAAAGCAACGGCGGCAGCAUCGACGAGAACCUUGCUCGGCUCAUCAUGUGGGGAGCAACACUAGCCGCUGAGGCGUGCUGUCGCCGUGGGGUUUACCAUGGGGACAUAAAAUUAGAGAACCUCCUGAUAGACUUAAAGAACCUCAAAGUCAAACUCAUUGACUUUGGAUGCGGCGAUCUCCUCACAGAAUCUGCCUACACGAGAUUCUGUGGCACAAUCAUGUACUGCCCUCCCGAGUACAGGAUGAAGGGCGAGUUUCAUGGAAAGCCGGCGACGGUCUGGACUCUGGGGAUCCUCUUGUUUAGAAUGCUGUGCGGAUACUUUCCAGAUACUUUUGACUUGUACAGGAUUAAUAUGAACACCUGGUACAAACCGGGCUUGACAGAAGGUUGCUGCCAUUUGAUUUGCUCUCUUCUGCAGCAGAAGCCUGAGCGUCGGCCUGAUCUGGAAAGGAUUGUUUAUCACGAAUGGUUUUAGGUGUAAGACCGGUCACAGCCACUCCAGAAGUGUCAUCGGUUCAGAAAAUCUCUUUCUGUUUGAUGAAAAAUCCAC